UCCAUCGACAUGGAAAUUCGAAUACAGAAUAAGUGUAUUUCAGCCUAGCGUAUCACUCUGGAAGGCCCGGAUCCCCCCUGGAUGCAAGGCCCCCUCAAGGUUGCGUUUCUGGGGGCCUCCGGCGUUGGUCGUACCAGUAUCUUACAGCAAUUUUUUAAGCACGACUUCCCAAAGGAACACAUUCGUACCGCAAAGCGAACCGUCUAUCGGAGCUGCCUGGUCUGUGAUACCUGCAUCCGCGAGCUGAUGGUACUGGAUGUGCCACCGCAGAAGUACUUCCCGAUCGAUAAUCUGGCCGAGUGGAAUAACGGCCACCCACUGGGACUUCGCACCGUUCACACGUACGUGCUGGUGUACGACAUGGGGAAUCUGGAAACCUUCCAGUAUUGUCGCAAUAUGCGUGAUCAGAUUCUUGAAAGUUUCAACCACCGUGAUUUUAAAAUAAUGGUUGUGGGCAAUAAAUUUGACAUGGUAACCAAUCCUCACACUCAGGAACUGAAGGACAUUUCCACACUGGUUCGUAAACACUGGCGCUGUGGAUACGUGGAGUGCUCGGCAAAACACAAUUACAAAGUUGGUGAUAUUUUCAAAGAAUUGAUGGGCUACCCGGUCGGUGGCACAGCGCCGAAGCUCGAGUUUACGCAAUCGAUUGGGUCGAAAAAUCGCUGCACGAUACUCUAG